UCAAGAUGGCAGCCUCCAUGGCAAUUAGACAUAUUUUACACAGCUGUAAUAAAACUUUGAGAUGUAAUGUUUUAAACAUUCAAACUAUUCGGAAACUAGAUAAAUCAAUUAUCUGGAAAAGAAAUUUUACCUGUGGGUCAGUGUUAUGGAGUGACAAGCAUUUAGAAGCCCGAGAAUUGAAAAAGUUGAUGGAGAGUUUGACAGAUAAAUUUGCUGAAGCAAGAGAGUUGCUUGGUGAUGCUAGGGAAAGUCAUGGCACAGUUUAUUUUUCUGAAGAUCUUGAAGAUGCUCAAACAGCUGUAGAUGAAACACUAACAGAGUAUAAACAGUUGCUGGAUCAACUGUCUGAUCAACAAAGAAAAGAAGUUAUUUCUACACUAGGACUUAGAAUGGAAGAACUUAAGGCUCAACAGAGAGCCAUUGAAGACGAGCUCAAAGAUCAUCAUUGAUGUUAUAGUAAACUUUUUUUUGUUAUAUACUGAAUAUACCUGUGAAAAAUGAAAGAGGAAAGUAAGAAAAUGAGUAUGCAGUGUAAAAUUUAGCAACAUAUCUAUACUUUUAAUGAAUCAGAAACUGUUAAAGCAGACAGAGGUUACUGCUGUACUGAUAUUAUUAGCAAUGGUAUUAAAAUUUUAGUAUUAACAAAUUGUUUUUAUAACCAGAUUAUGUCUGUAUUUAAAUAAAUUAUGUUUUCAAUGUUCAGUUUACAUGUAAUUCACCAUACCAUUGGACAGAAGAUGUCAGAUGAGGGACAACUACUGUAAAAGCACAUAUUUUUGCUGGGUCAGUCAAAAUUUCGUGAAUUUUAAAUUUUGAGUAUAUUCAUGAGGCUUAAUAUUCGCUAAAUUGUGAAAAUGGAAUCAUACUAGAAUUUGAAUUAUACUAAUGGGGAAUAAUAACGCGAGGAUUAAUUUUUGCGAGAUGUAGGGCCCCGGGAAUAUAGCGAAAAUUAAACCCUUACGAAAAUUUCUGCUUUUACAGUAUCCAGCUCUUUUUACAUGACAGGAAGUAGAAAUACCAUUAUACUUUCUUAAUACUGUGAAAUCAUUCAAAUUUGUAAGGAAUAAAGUUUUACUGAUUACAUUGUAUUGAUGAUGACCAAACAAAUAAUAUUCUCAUUCAGGUCGUCUUGGAAACACUGGCUAUUUUAUCUUUAAAGCGCACAAGUUUGUUUCCUCUUUAAUAGACAUUUUGACUUAAAUCAUCAGACAUUAACGCCAACAAAAAUGAUUUCACAGUAUUAUAAGAAUGCAAGUAUUUACUGGAAAUCUGUAAUACAUUUUUAUAACGUUUCUACCUCAUCUUUAUGAGAUUGUACCUUUGAUAUAGAAGCGUUUUUCUUUAAUCAAAAUAAAACAAAGUAACCUUUAAA